AUGACUGAGGUCAAAUGCAGUGACGAGGCUACCGGCAUGCCGACUGAUCAAGUCAUCAGAGCAGCCCGUGCCAUCAUCGGCGCUCAGCUUGACGACUUGAGCCCAUCUCUGCGCACGGACGUCAACAAAGUCAUCCACGACAAUCCAGAGCUGGGAUAUACGGAGUUUAUCGCCCACGAUACGCUCUCAUCCUAUCUGGAGCAGCGUGGAUUCAAAGUCACGAGAAAUGCAUAUAAUAUCGACACGAGCUUCGAAGCCGAGGUUGGGAGUGGGGGCCGUCUAGUCGUGUUUUGCGCCGAGUAUGAUGCCCUUCCUGGUAUCGGGCACGCCUGCGGUCACAACCUCGUCGCCACGUCGUCUCUGGCCGCCUUCCUGGGAGCUGCUCGCGCAUUGGUAGACCUGAAGAUCACAGGGCGUGUGCGCAUUCUUGGUACGCCGGCGGAAGAAGGGGGCGGAGGUAAGGUGAAGCUCAUCGAAGCCGGCGCCUUCAGCCCCCCAGAGGUUAUUGCAGGAGCCUUCAUGAUACACCCAAUGUCCAAGGAGUCGCUCAAUUUAGGGGACUUUUCCGGACUCGCGGGAUGGAGACUGAUUGCGAGCCAAAAGCUCCGUGUCGAGUUCAAAGGCAAGACGGCGCAUGCGGCCGGUGAUCCGUGGAAUGGUCGUAACGCGCUAGACGCAGCCCAAAUCGAACCGGACGCACGCAUCCACGGCGUUUUUGAGGACGGCGGCGCUGCACCGAACGUCAUCCCAGAAUACACGCGAAUGAGCUGGUGCAUUCGAAGUUCAACAACGAAGCGAUCCAACGACCUAUUAGAUCGUGUCAAGAAAUGCUUCGAGGCUGGUGCCGCGGCUGCGGGAUGCUCUAUCAACUACAUCCCGUCUCCCACAUAUAUGGACCUCCGUGUAAACGAUACACUCAGUGAAACGUAUGUCAAAGAAAUGGCCGCGGUGGGCGAGACUAUCAUGCCUCGGGAGGCUCAACCGAAAGCAUUUGGCUCGACGGAUAUGGGCAAUGUAUCCUAUGUGGUGCCCAGCUUCCACGGCGCUUUUGCCAUCCCGGUAUCUUCGGGCGUCGCUUGCCAUAAUCCAGAUUUCGCGACGGCGGCUGCAACGGAGGAAGCUCAUACCAUUGCAAUCAAAUCGGCCAAAGGGUUAGCAAUGCUAGCUAUUCGAGUCCUAGUUGAAGAUAAAAUUGCUCUGGCCGCGAGGAAGGACUUUGAAGCCAGUUAA